AACAAAGGUGUAUUCAAAAAUAAUAAUUGGCACGAGACUCGGUCGAUACUUUUGCCAUUAAAAUAAAUAAAAUUGAAAUAUAAUCUUGCUAAUUGAAUUAUUGUAAUUAAUAUUCUUUAAUUUGAUGUUUGAGCUAAAUUGGUGUGGCCUACUGAAAUAUUUGAUUGCACGCGCAAUAAAUUUAAUGAUACGGAUAACGCGGUAUUUUUUAAUAGUAUUUACUAUGUUUACUCGAACGUCAAAGGUUUCAAUGAUGUUCUCCAUUAUUUGACAUUUAUUGGAUUCAUUAUCGAAGUGUUACAAUAUGUAUUACUGAAAAGUGGAGCACACUAUUGAUAGUAGCUUACGAGCCCCAUCAUCAAAGUUUGUAACAUAAAUAUAUAUUAUAAUAUGAUACAGCUGUUGAAUAAGUGUUCGUACAGAUAACUUUUCAAGGGUAGCUAUAAUGGAACGGAGGAAGGUAAUAAUUGAUUGCGAUGGUGGUACUGAUGAUGCAUUGGCACUGGUUAUACUCAUUGCUGCUCACAAUAUUGAUAAAAUUGAAAUAAUAGGAAUUACAUGUGUGAAUGGAAAUACAAAUCUGGAUAAUGUUGUAAAGAAUGUUUUUAGAACAUUACAGAUAUGCAAUGCUUCAAGUAUUCCAGUUUUCAAAGGAGCUCACUCUCCAUUUCUGGCAACAGAAAAUGCCAAGAGAACAGCAAUGGAACGUUUUCAUGGUACUGACGGUUUUGGAGACAUAUACACAGAUGAGCCAGAUAUAAGUAGAUUACAGACAGAGCAUGCAGUGGAUGCACUGCAUGGACUAACAGCUAACAAUCCUGGUGAAGUAACUGUGAUAUGUCUGGGUCCAUUGACCAACAUUGCUUUAACUAUUAAAAUGUUCCCAAAAUUUCUUGAAUUUGUAAAGGAUUUUUAUAUCAUGGGUGGCAAUCAUACUGCACAGGGGAAUAUAACGGCACAGGCUGAAUUUAAUUUCUAUGCAGAUCCAGAAAGUGUUCACAUGGUUCUGAGUAGCAACGAUAAGCCACUGUGGCUGAUUCCAUGGGAAACAUGUUUAAGAUCAAACAUAUCACAUAAGUGGAGGCAUGAAGUUUUUAGUCAAAUUGACACUCCAGUUGUUAAAAUGAUGAAUGACAUUGAGCAUAAGGUAUACUCCCAGAGCAAAAAGGUAAAACCAUUUUACAGCCCAUGCGAUGCAUUUGUAGCUGGAGUCUUUUUAAGACCAGACAUGGCAAAGACUGUUGUAGAGUAUCAUGCCGAUAUAGAAUUAAAUGGGAUGCUAACCAGAGGACAGGUAGUGCUGGAUCAUUUGAAAUCGAACAAGCCAAACGUGUAUCUUAUAACGGACAUAGAUUUUGAACUUUUUCAAGAGCUCCUUAUCUUUGCUGCUAAUCCCUUAAUGUAUAAAAAACAUAUUAUAUAAAUAAAUUGAAUAUAUACAUUGUGUAUAGAAGGAAUUCAUAUAAAAAUA